GCUGCCAUCGGCGUACAGCAACAGAUGCAAUUUUACGUUUAGGACUGAAAGUCAAGCUCCCGUCUGCAUAGACUCUACGAGAAGGAGGGGGAAAAAAAAGGGGCCGAGAAUCCACUUCCACCAAACCCCAGAGGAUGGGCCGAGCUGCCCAUGAACGCCCAGGAGCGGCCGCGCCCUCCGCCACCAACCAUCGGGCACGCACGUCACGUUGCGUCACGUUGCGUAACAUUACGUCGCGUUGCGUCACGUUACGUCGCGUAGCGCCCCCCCUCCCCUGGGCCCCGCCCCCGGACGCGCGGAGCGGCGGCGCAGCGAAGUUGCCGAGGUCCCGCACGGGGAUGGACGCGCUGCGCUCGGCGGGACGCGCUCUGCUGCGCAGCCCCAGCGUUACCAAACCGCCCUGGGCCGGCGGCCGCCACCAAAAGCUCCCGGAGAACUGGACCGAUACCCGAGAGACGCUGCUGGAGGGAGUGCUCUUCAGCCUCAAGUAUUUGGGUAUGACGCUGGUGGAGCAGCCAAAGGGCGAGGAGCUCUCUGCAGCUGCUGUCAAAAGGAUCGUUGCCACCGCAAAAGCAAGUGGAAAGAAACUGCAGAAAGUUACGCUGAAAGUCUCGCCCAGAGGGAUUGUGCUAAAUGACAGUGGAACUAACGAGCUGAUCGAGAACAUCUCCAUAUACAGGAUAUCCUACUGCACGGCAGACAAGAUCCACGAUAAAGUGUUUGCCUACAUUGCCCAGAACCAGCUCAAUGAGAACCUGGAGUGCCAUGCCUUCCUUUGUACCAAACGGAAAAUGGCCCAGGCAGUCACCCUCACUGUAGCUCAGGCAUUCAAAAUAGCAUUCGAGUUCUGGCAAGCCUCCAAGGAAGAGAAGGAGAAGCGGGAAAGGUCCAUCUUGGAAGGAGAAGGGGUGAGCAGCCCAAACUCAGCUGCCCCUGCUUGCCCUGAUGCACCCGCAGCCACGGGGAACUUGCUGGAUUUAGAAGAUCCUGCCAAAUUGCUCCUUACCAGCAGCGAAAACCCCACACAUUUAGAUAACAGCAUGUUUGGGCCCAGCUCCUCUGUAAAUAACAACGUGGUGUGGGUAAGUUUGCCCAGGGCACCACAGAAUCUGCUGAGCUGGCAGGGAGAGAUGCUACCUCAAUCCUUGUGUGCUCCAGGUCCUCUUUUGGUGCUUUCUCUUGGACAAGACCCUCUGGGAGCAAUCAGGCAGCUGAGCUGCUUGUUAAGGAUUUCAGACUUGCCCAAGCGAGCUGGGUUUUGGUGUCCUACUAGAAAUGAUUGCUUAGUGUGCGAGUACUUACAGCCCUUUCUAGGACCCAUAAAUAAAUUAAAGCAAUUGCAAGGCACUGUGAAAAAACGCUGCUGUCAGGUAAUUGAAUAUUACUUACUCUUGAAUAGUGCUUCUCAAUGGUUUGUCACUUUUAAGUGAGAGACCGCCUAACUAUCCUAUCCAGGGGACAAAGAAUCACUAUGUUGAUGGCUUUUGUUUACUGUUCACUCAAACCAGGUUAUGUUAAUGUUUGUCAUUACUCUUAGUUUUCCCUUGUUCUUGUUUGUAAGUCUGUCUUGCUUGUGUGAACAUGGAUGGCUUCUCUGAAAUGUCCAGAGUCAUCUGGCUCAGCUGUUUCAUGGACCAGUAAUAGAAAAAAUAACAGUCUAGAUGAUGUAUCUGGCUGUGCAUCCAUGGGGGAGCUUCUUGCACACCCAAAUGCUACAUCACCAACAGGGCAGGGGCUGAUCUUGGAACCCCCACCAUCCCCAACCUGUGACCUUGUCCCUGCCAUGUUUCCUCUCUGGAAACAAGCUGUUAAAAUUUGAGUGAAUUGAAUGAUAAAGGCCUUUGCAUGGUGCCUGUUUCUUGAGUCUGCCAGGUCAGAGCCGGAGGCUUUUCAGGUUAAACCUGAAGAUCAGUUCCAAAGCCUGCAGGCUUAUCAGCAAUCUCUGAUCCUCCCUUCUUACAGAGUUUUCAUAUUUUACGUAUUACAUCAUCUGCCAGUGCAUCAUACAAUUUUGGGCAUAGUCAAGUCUGUCCAUAGCAAAGCCCUCUCAAAGGGCUGUCUUCCUGCACAGGAAACCUUUCUCCCCUGAUCAAUUCAAACGCUUUCCUUGGCAACCCUUCAGAGAGCAGAUCAGAGAAAAAAGGAUCACAGAGUUGCUUUCAAACAACACGGGUCCAGCCCUUUGCUGGUACACUGUUGCUUUCCAAGUACUUGAUCCAGCAAAGCCCUGGGGAAUGCCCAAAACAUCUUGCUGAGCUCUGUCCGGGUUCAUCCUUGUAGCAAAAACCUACAGCGUGUGCCAGUUGCGUGGCAGGAGCUGAGCAAGCUGAGGGCCAUGGCUCCCUUUGCUCAGUGCUAGGUUGCUGCCUAUCAGCUCUGCCCAAAAUGUUUUUCUGCGUAAGGAGCAAACGUGCUUUCAGUCAAAACAGUAUCUUCUGCUUUGCAUUGAAAGCAGAGCAGGCUGGGGUUGGUGGAGGGCUCAGCGUGCAGAUGCUUUGGAACCAGCUCUCAGCUUGGAGCAUGGUGGCAAUUUUCAAGCAAGGAGCUGGGGGGCAUUGGUUGCUUCAGAGGGAUCCAGCUGACCCAGAUGGGAAUCUGCUUCAUCUUAUGGGCCAGAUCCAGCAUGUGCAGGCAGCAAGGUAGAAUUAGUCUGGUCUGGAGACGGUGGGAAAAGGCCAAUCCCCUCAUCUGUUCCAGAGCUGCAAGGGGAGUGCAGCAUCCCCAGCCUAAGUCCUGAGACCUGCUCCAAGCAAGUCCGGGCCACCCAGAAUUACAUCUCUUAUGCCUUGGCUUAUGUGGAGAGUGAGAUAAAGCCUGCUUAAGGAGGCAAAUUGCUGAUAGGAGUAUUGCUUUGGGCGCUCAGAGGUCCAUAUGUAUACAUUUUUGUCUGCUGUGCUGAAGUGCGGAGCCAGAUCUCUAAAUACACUUUUGUGCAUUCCCUUAGCAACUACUUCUCUCUCUUUUUAUCUCUUUGAAAAAGGAAAUGGAUGAUGAUCUCGACGAGGCAUUUUCAAGGUAAUUCUAAUAACACCCUUUGCAAGUUCACACCACUGGGGACUAGCCCAGGGGGGCCUGUGUAUUUUAAUAAUGCUUCUAAUCUAAUCAGCUGUCAUGAUCUGGCCUAGGCAGCUGCCCCAUCAGUACCUCAGCUCUUAAUUGAAAGAUAGGCUUUGCGGCUGGCUGAUAAGCCAUAUAUUUUGACAACCUUUUAAGGAUGGAGAGAGGCCGUAUGUGAUAGGAAAUUUAAUUCCCUGAGCAGCCAGCAUGUCCACUCUUGCUUGCCAGGGAUGUUUGAAGCCACUUUUUUUCCAGCCUCUGUGCUAGCUCUGGCAACGCUGGUCCCAGCUUCUGGUAUGGAGAUCUUUACCCAUCUUGCCCCUCUCUGAGGUUUGGCCAAAUUCUGGUACCUUGCUCUUAUCUUUCUCCAAACCAACAGCAAACUGCUGAGGGUGGUGUGCCCCCUCCAUGACGAAUCCUGUUGCACUGGGUGCCUAUUGCAGCUUGGUUGCAUCAAGGCAACUCUGAUGCACGGGUUUUGAAGUGAUGUACCAGAGCACAUUCAGAGUUUAUGGCUAUAACAUCAUGUGGCUUAAUUCACUUUCUAGUCCAAAUUAAGAUCUGCCCUUGAGGUGCACGCCGAGCAAUCCAGCAAUGUUAAACAAAUCCGUUUUCUUUCAGGUGAGUUAUCCUGUCUGCCCUCACGCAGACAGGUUUGUACAGGGUGACAGGCACGAGGCCAUGUGAAAAAACUACUUGCUUAGCCCUAAGGAAAUGGACCUCUCUGUCACGCUCGGGUCUUGGGAAUGAUUUACUGGAAUGAUUUAAUGGAAAAUUCCAUUUCCAUGGCAACCCUGUCCCAAGACUUGUUCUGUAAAGGGACUGCUUGAUGUUGACAUAAUGUCAUCGUUUUUUCUCAGCCCUGUUCCUUGCUCUGCUUAACUAAAGUGUUGGUUGCAGUCUUUUGUUUUGCAUUGCUGGAUGUGGAGCUGUCGCAUUACCCUUGGCUUUGGGUAAGGCAGUAUUUGGACUGAGUCAUUGCAGUGAGGCUGCUCCUUUGGUCAACGGAGCCUUUAUGCUGAGAUAAGAUCCCAUUAAAUGGUGCAGCCUCCAGGAAGAGCUCAGAGGAGGAAAAAGGCACUGUUCUAUCACACUGUGAAUGUAUGGGAUGUCCAGACUGCAAAUUCCCUGGAUUUUGGGUGACGUUAGGAUAAACAAGCAGAAAAGCUGCUACAAACCUGAGAGAGCUGCAGAUGUUAAGCGUCAUCUCUCCCCUUGCUGAAUUACUUCUUUCAGUUGGAGGACUUUGAAGUUUGGCUUUGGCAUUACAGUUGCGUCAAGCAUCCGAGCUAUGAACUGCAUGCAUUUGUGUUCUCACUUUUUGUUUUUCUCCCCUCUUAGACUUGCUCAGUCGAGAACAAACCCUUACGUUCUCGACACAGGACUGACGGCUCAAGACAUCCAGAGCGCGGAAAUGCUCUCAUCUGUAGAUUGGAAUAAAAUCGAUUCCAAUACAGGCGAGAAAGAUGAUCUGUUCAUGUUUU